AUGUCGCCCGCGCGCCGCGCGGUCCUAGCCCGCUCGCUGGCCGUCCUCACCUUGCCUCAGGGCCUUCUCCCUCGUGCGCGAGCAGCCGAGUUCACGACGACGGCCGGCGGCGCGAGGCGGAGCAGCGGCGACGGCGACCCUCACCGGCUCGCGGUGCCGGGACUGGCGCCCGGCUCGCGCCGCCUGUACCUCUGUCGCCAUGGCGAGACGGACUGGAACGUCGCCGGGCGCGUUCAGGGCAUGACGGACAUUCCUCUGAACCCAAACGGCCGCAGUCAGGCGGCGGCGCUCGCGGCGAUCCUGGCCGACGUCCCGAUCGGCCUGGUGGCAUCGUCCGCGCUCGGACGAGCGUCUUCGACGGCGGACGCGGUCGCCGCGCUGCACCCGGGAGCGAGGCGGCUGGUCGACGCGAGCUUCAACGAGAUGAACUUUGGCUCGCUCGAGGGAGAGGAGCUGCGCGGCGGCUCGCCGCGCCGCGAGGAGUAUGAGGCGCGGCUGGCCGAGUGGGAGGCGGGCCGCACGAGCGUGCGCCUGCCAGGCGGCGGCGAGUCGCCGGAGGAGGUUGCGGCGCGCGCGCUGAAGGGGCUGCGAGAGCUGGGAGCGCUGCCGCCCCUCGCCGCCGCCGCUGGAGGUGCGGGUGUGCCGUCGUGCCCGAGGCACGUCUGCCUCGUGGCACACGGGCGCUUCAACAAGAUCUUGCUCGCGGCGCUGCGGGGAGACGUCUCGCGUGCCUCGCAAGUGGCGCAGGGCAACACGGCAGUCAAUAUUGUAGACAUCGACGAGGGCGGUGCCUGCACCGUCGUCGCGGUCAACUUGCUGGACCAUCUGCGGGCCGCGGCCCAGCCGCCUGCUUGA